AUGUCCCCAGAUAGAGAAACGGAGAGUCAUAAGCGAAAACGAACGUGUCUGGCGCUAGGUCUCAGUGCGACCCCUGUCGCUAUCGGAAAAUGUGAUGGACGUCGGCCUUCUUGUACAACCUGCACCCAGGGGGGAACGGACUGUGUGUAUGGAGCCGAGGCUAUCAACAAGAGCAAAAGUGACAUGAUUCUGGACGUCGCUAUUCGGUCGGAAGGUCUCCUGCUGCAGUUAUCCGCACAGCUCGUUCGUCGUACCCUACCGGAGGCCUACGCCCAAGCAUCCCACCGAAGUCCAGCUAAUAUCUCUUCUGUGGCAUCUCCUGGAAACGCAAUCUCACCCAGCACCCUUAGUAAUCUGGGUCGCGGAGAGGGGCCCUCUGAUCAUAUUUCAAACGCCAUUUUGUCCCCAUUCCACGCCUCAACGACGGAAUCUAUCUUAUCGUGGCCGCAUUUUGGUGAAUUCCGAAGUCUGAUCAAGGAGAAAUGCACGCAGAACACUGUCUCACAGGCCGUCCCCCCUCAACCAUACAUGGCGAAGCGCGACAUAGGGAAAACGUUUCGAGACUUCGAGCGAGGAAUCAACUGUUGGUAUCCCACUAUGGCGAGAUCUACCACGAAAAGCCUGAAGGAACAUUUAUUGUCAGGCGCGGUAGAAUACAAUACGCGUUCAUGCCUAGCUUUACUAGUCAUGGCAUUAGGAUGUUCCUCCGAGCUUGUGAGAUUAUUCACGACCAGGGAAACUCCAGAGCCACAUUUAGCUGAGGUGGAAGCUGAAAAGCGACUCCUGGGUUCUAUGUACUUCGAAUGCGCAUUUGACAAAAUUCACUUGGCACAAGCGGAAUUCACGGCGGAUGCAGUCCAGUGCCUGUUUUUCACUGGGUACGUCAUUUUUCGAGAAAAAUCUUCACUACACCAGGGUCUAACAACAAUAUUCAGCUUAUAUUUCUCCUUUCUACAAAGGCCGCUCCAGGCUUGGUCGUUCAUAAGCGCAGCGGCAAUCAAGUGUAGGCUGCUUUUAUCCUAUACCCCCUCCGACCAACCCCCAGAGCGAUUAGAGUCCCUUCACAGGAUAUUCUGGUCUUGUUAUAUACUCGAGAGUGACUUUCUGGCUGAGCUAUCCGCUCUUCCACAAACAGGAAUUGCGGAGAUCGAAUCCCUUAUUCCUCUACCAGGCGAAUACUCCACCCAGGAGUCACAGAGCGACCAGGAAAAAUCGUCUCUGUACUUUCUCGCUUGCAUCUCAAUGCGUCGAUUGCUCAAUCGUGUACAUGAUCUUCUAUAUGCCCGUAAUGACGGAGUGGGCUUUGACAAUAAUCAAUUCCCCUCCGUGGUUUCGGAGCUCGGUCAUCAAUUAGAAGAGUGGAAGGAUCUUCUACCAUUUCACUUUCAGUUUUCAGUUGAUCUCGACCCUACAAAAUCUCCGGAAGGUGCCUUCCUUCGUCAGCGGUAUUUGACUUGCAAGAGUGUCAUUUAUCGGCCUUAUCUUACAUGGGCGCUCUCAAAUGGGGAAGAGGUAGCCGAAUGCCCCCCGAUUGUAUUCGAGGGAUCGCGUCUUUGUUUAGAGGCGUGCUGGAUGCAUGCCCAAAACCUUCGCAACAUUCAUCAUACAAUCAUGGUGGAUACUUGGAUUUGUUCGCUCUCCAUGGCGUCCGUUGUUCUGAUAACACUCGCGGCAUCUCGCGUCCACUCCCUCAGGCAACUAAUUUCACACCAAGUUAUUGAAAUUGGUCCGCAUAUCAAUGACCUGAUUACGCGAUGGAUGUACAUCCCAGGAGAUGAGGUCUCGCCAAGUGUCCUGGAAAGCACAAAGCUCAUUGCGAACGUGUCGGCUUUACUGAAACUCAGCCGGAAUCAAGAUUGA